UUAUCUUAUCCUACCAAAAUCACCGGUCCUAGCAGUUGCUUGCCUGUAGCUCCAGUUUAUAUAAUCUGGGCAAAUAAUUCCAAACAUACAAGCCCUUACUCCAGUGCCGAAAUGCCCAUUUUAAAACUCUGACUGGGUCACAGUUAGCUUAGUGAUCUAAUGUUUAUCCAAAGUAUAGAGGUUUAACUCAGAUCAUCAUUAUAAUUGCAGCAAGCCAUGAUAGUACCACUUCAGUCUUUAAGAUAGACAUACAUUCAUUUUUAUAAUCUAAAAUAAAUUUAGAGACAAAACAUAAGCUGAAAAAUUAAGGAGACAUAAAACAAGAAGAAAACCAAACUACCAUGUAACUGAUGCAGUCUUAGUUUCCACACUAAAGUACAGUUCACUAAUUAGUAUUGGGAAAAAUGAAGAUCUCAUGCACAACUUCAUCCAUCCAACUUAGUUGUUAGGCCCAACAAAAUCACCUUCCUCUCUGUGAUCUUCUCAGUCCUUCAGGUAUGUCCUUGCCAGUGGAAUUUUUGUCUCAUCUGUAUUUUUUCAAAUCUUGCUAUAGUGUGGAGUUCAGUUGUUUUAGUGCUUUAGGUGUACUUUCUGUUUGUAAAACAUUUAAAACAGGUUGACAAUCUGAAUAAUGAGUACAAAGGAAGGAACGAGUUUUCCUUCCCAUCCGCUCCCAAAAAAUAAUAUACAAUACAGUAACAAUAUUUUUCUUUCCCUACAUCUCUAUCGAAUAAUACAUCAUCAUGAUAAGUUGUCAUUUGGUCUAUGACUUGUGAAACUGCAAUCCCUCAGCAAUCUCUUGUGCAUUUUGCCUUUUAGAUUCAUGCAAUUCCUGACCCAAGUCAGGUGUGUGUUCUUAUAAUGUUUCUCGCUUCUUUUUAAUGUUUCUUGCCCCCCUGUUGCUCAGACAGAGCAGUUCGGAACCUUGGACAUCUGAUCAGGAAUGAAGAGGAAAACAAAAACAAACAGUUUGUUCAUUACUACUCAAAAGAACUUGGCCAUUCGUAUGGUACAUUCAUCCAUCAUAUACCCAUAUGAUUUCCUCUCGCUGGUACCUGUCAUUGAAGGAGCUGGAGGAUCAAUAACUGAUUGGAGAGGGGACAAGCUCUAUUGGCCUGUUACUGCAGAAUCACAAUCCACAAGUUUUAACGUGGUAGCAGUUGGGGAUGCCCGUGUCCACAAAGAGGCCCUUGAUGCGUUGCAGUGGCGCUAGCGUGCUCUUUAGAUAAGCAUUAUACUAAUAACCAACUAUUUAGACAUUUACAUGUGAUAUUUGUAUGACCAAUAAUAAGCUUUACCUGUAUGCUUGUUGGUUGGCCUCAACCUUUGCACUAAUAAUAGACAGCUUGGUUGUAAACUACCAAGCAGUGGCUUGCUGUUUGCACCAAGCAGAUAUUAUGUCUUGGGAACGCUAAAUGUGUGAGGUAUUACCUUAGUGUGAGCUUCCCUUGCACCCAGCAAUUCAGCUCCAUUGUGCAGUGCUUGGGGAUGCUUAAUCGAGAGUUUGAUUGUUGUUGCUUC